AAUGAAAAGGCACCCCACGCCGUCCGCCGCCGGGUCGUCUUGUUCACGCUGCCGUUCCAGGGCCACCUCAGCCCCAUGCUCCAGCUAGCCGAGCUCCUCCGCGCCCGCGGCCUGGCCAUCACCGUCCUCCACACCGACUUCAACGCGCCCGACCCCGCGCGCCACCCAGAGCUCGCCUUCGUCCCGAUCCACGACGCGCUCCCGGACGAGGCCACCUCCCCCGACGCCGACAUCGUGGAGCAGCUCCAGGCCCUCAACACCGGCUGCGAGGCGCCGUUCCGGGAGGCCCUGGCGAAGCUGCUGCGCCAGCGCGAGGACGUCGCAUGCGUGGUCGUCGACGGGCAGUGGUACGCGGCGCUGGGGGCGGCGAGGCGUCCCCGUGUCGCGCUCCGGACGGACAGCGCCGCCACGUUCCGCAGCUUGCUUGCGCUCCCUCGGCCGCUCAAAAUGCGCCACGUCCUUUGGUAA